AACAGAUGUAGGACCACUGAGACGUUACAUGUUAAGCCUCAGUGGUUAUUGGAAAUGUCAAACGCCGUUGCAGAUUUUUGAGUUAAUACAGAUAAAGUUUAUAACGGUGUUGUUGGAUUGAGUGUGUUGGGCAGCUGUAAUUAUGCAUAUUAGGGGAAAACUUAUAAAAAGGUCUGGAGACGUGUGCACGUGUGUAAGGGUGGGCAGGGCUUUUCGGCAGAACUAACGAGGAAGCCGUGGAAGUUCUUUUCCUCAUUGAAAAACUGCGUCAUUUAUUUAUUUCCCCGUGUUUGGAGCCAUGUGAAGCUUGACGUAAAGUCUGAGCUCUGGAUGAGCAGGAAUGUGGAUUCUACCGCAGAUAUCUGGAUAAAACUUUUGAGAGGAAGAUCAAAGUUUUUUGUUUGUUUGUUUGUUUUAGUUGAGACUGCGCUGCUUCUGCGUCCGAGUCGUGAAAGAAAGACACGGCAGGCUCAAUGAAGAAUGCCAGGCUGCACAGCUCUCUUCCUCUCAGCAUUAACAGUGACUCUCUUCUGUGCUGCAGUCGGUCAGACUAAAUUCACUAUGAGUGCAGAACAGGAGGUCUACCAAGCAGAAGAAAACAGUAACAUCACAAUGACCUGGCUGCUCCAUUUCGACAUCAACAGGCCUCCUGACUUCCUACAAAUAAACCUCAUAAAUGUGAAAAAGAAGACACGGGUUUUCUUCUAUAACAGUGAGACUGGUACUGAGGUGUAUCCAGAUGAGAACUACAGAGGACGACUGCAGUGUGAUCCACAGCUCGCCAGGAAAGGACGACUUGAAUGUCUCUUAACUGAUCUCAGGCUCAACGACACGGGGACAUAUCACUGCAUCGUUGUCCUUAACGAAGAAGCUAGUUCCAAAACCUGUGACCUCAAUGUUACAGCUGCUGUCAAAAAACCUGUGGCAGAGAGAUCGACACCAGUGAGGAGAGGGAGGAACGGCCUAUAUGCAGUGCCAGCUUUGUUUAUAGUGGUGAUUUUUGUACUUUUCCUUUUGUAAAUAACUGCUGUGUAUUUAUGUGAAGUAGCAGCCCAUUACAGAUCACUCCUGAGGUCACCUCUGACUGUAAUGAGGCUGCUGACAGUUUUUUAAAGUAUUGUCAGAAUUCCUCAGAGCUGUACCACAGAGCAGUGCACACUUACAUCAUCCUCCACUCUCCCAUAUUUAACACAAACUUAUGCACUUUUAUUCCCAAGUUUGUUUGUUUUUUUUCAAUUAUUUUUCCAUUAUUUUUACACCCUGACUUGCUGCAUCCCAUUUUGUUACGUUUAGACUGAAACAUGUGGAAAAGAGAAAUUUAAUCAUCACUUUACCAAAAACACUAUUUAUCCCAAAUGUCAAACAUGUUCGUUCAUCCUCGCUGGAUUGUUAUUCACACCACAAUAUUGUCAUUAUUCACACAAUGUAUUUAUUUUUCAUUGGUACAAUGUGUGGCUAGCACAAAUGCUAACCAUAAACUGAAGGUAAUAGGGUAAACAGCUGCUUUGUUAUAGUUCUUACAGUUUUAAUGCUACCUCAACUUUAAAAUUUACGUUUUUGUACUGAAGGAGUUAAAAA